AAACCCGUCAGCAUGUCCGGGGACCCCCACGAGGACACCCCGGUGUUCGAGGACAUCAAAACCCCGUCCCGAGCCCUGGAGAACCCUCCCGACCUGGCACAGCUGCACCCCAUGAGGAUGGACCAGAGGAUGCCCCCGCUCAUCCUGGAGGCACGCUCCGAGAUGGACAAGUACCUGUCCAGCGAGGCGCCGCCCGUGCCCAUGCUGCAGGACAAGAAGUACCGCCGGGAGAGCGCCUCGGUGGUGGAUGAGUUCUUCUCCACAGAGAAACCCAGCUCCACACCCUACAGCGUGAACAUCAACGUCAUCCUGCCCGACACCACCCACCUGCGCACGGGGCUCUACCGGCCCCCCAAACCCGUGGCUGCCUUCCCUCCGAUCAAAACCGAGCCCGGCACCGGCUUCUCGCAGCCCUGCUCGUCCUCCUCCACGCAGACCCUGCCCGAUUUCACCAGCGUGUUCAGCAUGCCCCAGUCCGUGGCCGUCAAUAACAUUUUUGUCAAGCAGGAGAUGGCGGCGGAGAUGCCCCUGCCCGCCCACCCGCAGCAGCCCCAGCUCUUCCAGAUGCCCGACAUGCCCAGCCUGGCGUCCUCCUCCAGCAGCACCACGGCCAUCAGCUGCCUCAGCGGGGUCACCAUGGCCACGGGCUCCGUGGCCAGCGUGCCACACAGGCCCCUCAAGCAGUACCCGCACGUGCCUCAGGGACAGGGAAGCUUUGGGAACAUCCCCGGGCAGUUCUACCCCGCCCCGGGGGUGACUCUGCCCCCCUCGCCCCCCAACUCGCAGCCUGGCAGCCCCGAGAACCAGCCCGAGCUCAUCAACACCAUCUCCCCCCCGCCCUCCUACGAAGCCACCUUUGGACUGAAGCUGGUCCAGUCGUCCCAGAUCCCCCCGGUCCCCAAUGGGGUCGGGGGCCUGUCCCAGGGGCACAUGGUGAUGCAACCCCCCAAGUACAACCGGCGCAACAACCCCGAGCUGGAGAAGAGGAGGAUCCACCACUGCGACUACCCAGGCUGCUCCAAGGUUUACACCAAGAGCUCCCACCUGAAGGCGCAUCAGAGGACUCACACAGGUGAGAAACCCUACAAGUGCACGUGGGAAGGCUGUGACUGGCGCUUCGCCCGCUCGGACGAGCUCACCCGGCACUACCGCAAGCACACGGGCGCCAAACCCUUCAAGUGCCUGGCGUGCGGCCGCUGCUUCUCCCGCUCCGACCACCUGGCCCUGCACAUGAAGAGACACCAGAAUUAG